AUGGGAUGUGGUAUAUUGACCACAUACGCCCAGAUCGGAAAUGUGGGUGGUCUUCACGGCCUUUUGGUUUACACGCUCUCAGGAUCACUCCCUAUCCUCAUGUUCGCAGCUGUGGGUCCUCUGAUUCGCCGCAGAUGUCCAGAAGGUUUUGUCUUCACUGAGUGGGUGAGACAGCGUUACGGCCCAGUGGCCUCGUUGUACCUCUCCUUCUUCACCUGCCUUACAAUGUUUUUGUUCAUGAUUGGUGAAUUAUCGGCUGUGAGAGGUGCCAUAGAGACUCUUACUGGCCUUGAUGCUCUUGCGGCAGUGAUUGUUGAGUGUGUAGUCACGACGAUCUACACCUCGUUCGGAGGAUUCCGAGUGAGUUUUAUCACUGACAAUUUCCAAGGAGCCUUGGUAAUUAUUUUGAUCAUCAUUUGUGCCGCUGGUAUGGGUUCCUAUAUUGAAAUCGACACCUCUGAGGUUGGACCUUCCGGAUUGUUGAAGGCUAACAAGUUGGGAUGGCAGUUGGUGUGGAUUUUGCCAGUUGCAAUUUUCACCAACGAUUGCUUCAUGGCAGGGUUCUGGCUCAGAACUUUCGCCAGUAAGACCAACAAAGAUUUGUGGAUCGGCUGCUCCAUCGCUUCGUUUGUGACGUUUGUGAUUUGUACCUUGGUUGGAACCACAGGUUUCUUGGCUGUCUGGUCUGGUGAUCUCACUGUUGGAGACGACAACGGCUACAACGCAUUUUUCAUCUUGUUAGCAAAGAUGCCUGCUUGGCUCUCCGCUUUUGUUUUGAUCUUUGUCAUCUGCUUGUCAACAUGCACGUUUGACUCGAUGCAGAGUGCCAUGGUUUCUACCAUUUCCAAUGAUGUUUUCAGAAACAAGUUGAAGAUGAUCUGGGUUCGUGGAUUGGUGGUUCUCGUUAUGAUUCCAAGUAUUGUGUUGGCCGUGAAAGUUGCUGAUGAUAUCUUGCAAAUCUACUUGAUCGCCGAUUUGGUUUCCGCAGCCAUCAUCCCCAGUAUUUUCCUCGGAUUGAGUGAUCGGGCAUUCUGGUUCCUCAGAGGUAUUGACGUCAUGGUUGGCGGUCUCGGAUCAUUGUUUGGCGUCUUCGUGUUUGGUUGGAUCUACUACGACAGCGCUCAAGAAGGUGGAAAGCUCAUGUUGAUUUGGAAUGGUCUCUAUAACCCCGAAGACUGGGGUCCAUUUGGUGCUUUUACCGUCACUUUCUGCGGUGGUGUGAUUUUUGCUCUUAUGUUCACCGCUGUCAGAAUUGGUGCUCUCUACGUGUAUGCGAAGGUCACCAAGACUGAGUUCACGGCUUUGGAGCGGAAGGAAACGAUGUAUGACGUUGAACCAUCUGAUGAAAUACCCUCAGCUGACGAUUCUAGCAUAAAAAAAGCAUCCUUGCAAGACGCCUGA